AAUUGGUUUUACCAAAUUGUUUUUGUUCGCUCCUCAGAAAUUAUGUUAUUAUUUCUCUUGUCAGGGGAAGGGCUUCUAGUGACUGCUGGUAUUGUGAUCUAUUUUGGGGACAUGUUAUUCUACACAGCGUCAAAGAUCCUUGAAUAUUCAGCAUCAUCCAAGCUAGUUCUUGGGGAUUUUGGUAUCAAGAGAGAUGAGAUCCGUAUAAUUAUUCAGGGCAUGAGUCUUGGUCUACUUCUUUUUCCUGUAUUCUACAAAAAUGUUGUCAAAAUUUGGCAAUGCUUUGCCUGCUCUUCUAGCUCUCGAGACAUGUCAAACCAUGAGAUCAGAGAAUCCUUUGUUUUCUAUGCUUUACUCUCGUUUAUGUUGGCCGUGGCUGUUCCAUCAUGGAUGCUAUUUGUCCAUGAUUUUCACAUGCACCCUUUGUUAUGGGUUUGUAAUUUUGUUGUCUCGGAACCGCUCAAGAGACUCCCCCUAUGUGUCUAUUGGGUAGCUGUUAUAUAUGUGUCAGUUAUAUGGUUCUACAACAUUUCGAAGAAUAGUACUAUUGAGCGAAUUCUUCUUCGCAAAUACUACCACCUGAUGGCUGUUUCAAUUUUUGUUCCUGCUCUCAUUUUCCAGCCAAAAUUUCUUGAUCUGGCAUUUGGUGCAGCUUUGGCAGUCUUUCUCGUGUUGGAAAUUAUACGAGUAUGGAGAAUUUGGCCUUUAGGACAUCUUGUUCAGCAAUUCAUGAAUGCUUUUACUGACCAUCGUGAUUCUGAUUUGCUUAUUGUCAGCCAUUUUUCACUUUUACUGGGAUGCGCACUUCCCAUCUGGCUGUCUUCUGGUGGUACUGAUCGUCCACUUGCCCCCUUUGCUGGAAUUCUGAGCCUUGGUAUUGGUGAUACAAUGGCAUCGAUGGUUGGCCACAAGUAUGGAGUCAUCCGCUUGAGCAAAACUGGCAAGAAGACAAUUGAAGGAACUGCUGCUGGUAUAACUUCUGUUCUGGCUGCAUGCUCUGCUCUACUUCCACUUCUAGCCGCAACUGGUUACAUAUUCACUAUGGUCUUUAUCUCACUCUUUCUCUGGCACUGGUUCUCUCUUAUAUUGGCAGUGACUACUAGUGGUCUUUUGGAGGCCUACACAGCACAACUGGACAAUGCAUUUAUACCCCUCGUUUUCUACAGCCUUCUUUGUCUGUAAAAUGCCAAUCGCACAAAGCUUUUGCUGCAUACAUAUUCUCACUCUCUCUUCGCUCCAACAUGCCUUGCAAAUAUCACUGACCUAACAUAUACCAUAGUCCAUACUAAGAUGAAAUGUUGAGUACUACUAGGUUAUGUAACCCAUUUUGUUUUUUUUUUUUUUUUUUUUCAGUUUCAAUUUCAUAAUAGCAUCCUAGUAAUACUGGGAAAGAAUAAAUCCCGAAUUCAUGAUCGUGAAUGAGGAAGAUUUUCGUUAAAUGGAGAAUCUUGACUGAUUGUGGCGUUCUGGUUUUGUUGGUUUUGCAUUCCAUCUACUCUUCUUGUAUAGUUCUAUAGUUGAAUGAUACAUCACUAAUAUAAGCUGUUGAUGUUGUAAUUACUAAAGCAGUGAAGAAAGGAAGAUCUCUGUCCUCUUCUGCUAAAAUGAAUAGCAUUUGCUACAUCUUUUUUCUUAA